GGCCCGCGCCCGCCGCGCCCUGCGCUCGGCGCCCGGCGUCUCGGGGGCGCCGGGCAUCCCCGCCCGCUGGGCCGGCCCCGGAGGCUGGGAGCAGGCCCCGCUAGACGGGCCGCGCCGACGGGGGGCGGCCGCAGCGCCGCGGGCUCGUCGCCGCCGCUCGCAGCCGACCCGCAACCUCCCGCGGGGCCGCCGGCCUUUGACGCAGGGGAGGCGCCGCGCGGCGCGGCAUGAGGGGCCCGCCGCCGCCGGCGGGAGAGCGGCGCCGGCGAGAGCGACUGGUGGCGUGAGAGGGCUCGCAGGACUCGCGGAGCAGGCGAGUGCGCGGGGCGGGCGGCGCAGGUACCAGUCACCCCGGCCGGGAAGGUCCUGCGCGCUCGGCAACAUGGCUUCCCCGCCCCACCAGCAGCUGCUGCAGCACCACAGCACGGAGGUGAGCUGUGACUCCAGCGGAGACAGCAACAGCGUGAGGGUCAAAAUCAACCCCAAGCAGCUGUCCUCCAACAGCCAGCCCAAGCACUGCAAGUACAGCAUCUCCUCCAGCUGUAGCAGCUCCGGGGACUCGGGGGGCGUCCCUCGGAGAGUGGGCGCCGGAGGCCGCCUGCGCAGGCAGAAGAAGCUGCCCCAGCUGUUCGAGAGGGCCUCCAGCCGGUGGUGGGACCCCAAGUUCGACUCGGUGAACCUGGAGGAGGCUUGCAUGGAGCGUUGCUUCCCGCAGACCCAGCGCCGCUUCCGGUAUGCGCUCUUCUACAUCGGCUUCGCCUGCCUUCUGUGGAGCAUCUAUUUUGGGGUACACAUGCGGUCCAGACUGAUCGUCAUGGUAGCCCCUGCUCUGUGCUUCCUCGUCGUGUGCGUGGGCUUUUUUCUGUUUACCUUCACCAAGGUGUAUGCCCGGCAUUACGUGUGGACCUCUCUGGUUCUCACCCUCCUGGUGUUCGCCCUGACGCUGGCUGCCCAGUUUCAGGUUUUAACGCCUCUCUCAGGACGUGUUGACAGCUCCAAUCACACCCUCGCCGCCAAGCCAACGGACGCUUGCUUAUCUCAAGUGGGGAGCUUUUCCAUGUGCAUCGAAGUGCUCUUUUUGCUCUACACCGUCAUGCACUUACCUUUGUACUUGAGCUUGUGUUUGGGAGUGGCCUAUUCUGUUCUCUUUGAGACCUUUGGCUAUCACUUCCGAGACAAAGACUGCUUUCCCCCACCUGGAGCAGGGGCCCCACACUGGGAGCUGCUGAGCCGAGCCCUGCUCCACGUCUGCGUUCACGCCAUUGGGAUCCACCUGUUUAUCAUGUCGCAGGUGAGAUCCAGGAGCACCUUUCUCAAGGUGGGACAGUCAAUUAUGCACGGGAAGGAUCUGGAAGUGGAAAAAGCUCUGAAAGAGAGGAUGAUUCAUUCUGUGAUGCCAAGAAUCAUAGCUGAUGACUUGAUGAAACAGGGCGAUGAGGAGAGCGAGAAUUCUGUCAAAAGGCACGCCACCUCCAGCCCCAAGAACAGGAAGAAAAAGUCUUCCAUACAGAAGGCCCCUAUAGCAUUCCGCCCUUUUAAAAUGCAGCAGAUCGAUGAAGUCAGUAUUUUAUUUGCAGAUAUCGUGGGCUUCACCAAGAUGAGUGCCAAUAAGUCUGCUCACGCUCUGGUGGGUCUCCUCAAUGAUCUGUUUGGUCGCUUUGACCGGUUGUGUGAAGAGACCAAGUGUGAGAAAAUCAGCACCCUGGGAGACUGCUACUAUUGUGUGGCAGGGUGUCCAGAACCCCGGGCCGACCAUGCCUACUGCUGCAUUGAGAUGGGCUUGGGCAUGAUCAGAGCCAUCGAGCAGUUCUGCCAGGAGAAGAAAGAGAUGGUGAACAUGCGUGUCGGGGUUCACACAGGGACCGUCUUGUGUGGCAUUUUGGGUAUGAGGAGGUUCAAAUUCGAUGUGUGGUCCAAUGAUGUGAACUUAGCCAAUCUCAUGGAGCAGCUGGGAGUGGCUGGCAAGGUUCACAUUUCUGAGGCCACUGCAAAAUACCUAGAUGAUCGGUAUGAAAUGGAAGAUGGGAGGGUGACCGAACGCCUCGGCCAGAGCGUUGUUGCUGAUCAGUUGAAAGGUUUGAAGACAUACCUGAUAGCGGGUCAGAGAGCGAAGGAGUCUCAUUGCAGCUGUUCAGAGGCCUUGCUUUCUGGCUUUGAGGUCAUUGACGGCUCGCGGGUGUCCUCAGGCCCUAGGGGACAGGGGACAGCAUCGCCAGGGAGUGUCAGUGACUUGGCGCAGACUGUCAAAACCUUUGAUAACCUUAAGACCUGCCCUUCAUGCGGAAUCAUGUUUGCCCCCAAAUCAGAAGCUGGUGCAGAAGGAGGAGCCAUCCAAAACGGCUGUCAAGAGGAGCAUAAAAACAACACCAAGGCUCCCGCAGCUCCUAAUUCCAAAACUCAAAACGGACUUCUGAGCCCUCCCCAAGAAGAGAAGCUCACCAACAGUCAGACCUCCCUGUGUGAGAUCUUACAGGAAAAGGGAAGGUGGGCAGGGGUGAGCUUGGACCAGUCAGCUCUCCUUCCGCUGAGAUUCAAGAACAUCCGGGAGAAAACAGAUGCCCAUUUUGUGGAUGUCAUCAAAGAAGACAGCCUGAUGAAGGAUUAUUUUUUCAAACCACCCAUCAAUCUGUUCAGCUUGAACUUCCUGGAUCAGGAGCUAGAGCGAUCCUACAGGACUAGCUAUCAAGAAGAGGUCAUAAAGAAUUCUCCUGUGAAGACUUUUGCCAGUGCCACCUUCAGCUCCCUCCUGGACGUGUUUCUGUCGACAACAGUGUUUCUGAUUUUGUCCAUCACCUGCUUCCUGAAGUAUGGGGCUGCCACUGCGCCUCCCCCGCCUGCCGCCCUGGCAGUGUUCGGUGCCGCGCUGCUGCUGGAGGUGCUGUCCCUCGUGGUCUCCGUCAGGAUGGUGUUUUUCCUGGAGGAUGUGAUGGCUUGUACCAAGCGCCUGCUGGAGCGCAUAGCCGGCUGGCUCCCACGCCAUUUCAUCGGGGCCAUCCUGGUGUCACUCCCUGCCCUCGCCGUGUAUUCACACGUCACCUCCGAAUUUGACACCGACAUACACUUCACCGUGUUCACGGGCUCUGCCGUCCUGACCGCCGUCGUGCACUACUGUAACUUCUGCCAGCUCAGCUCCUGGAUGAGAUCCUCCUUAGCCACCGUCGUCGGGGCUGGGCCGCUGCUCCUGCUCUACAUCUCCCUGUGCCCAGACAGUUCCGUAGUAAUUUCACACCUGGAUGUGGGACAGAAUUUCAGUUCCGAGGGGAACCUGUGCAAUAGUUCCUCGCCGCGUGGCGGCAGGGCAGCCAGCCCGAUUGGCCAGGAGGUGAUUCUUGUCUUCUUUCUCCUGCUCUUGUUGGUCUGGUUCCUGAAUCGAGAGUUCGAGGUCAGCUACCGCUUGCACUACCACGGGGACGUGGAGGCAGACCUUCACCGCACCAAGAUCCAGAGCAUGCGGGACCAGGCCGACUGGCUGCUGAGAAACAUCAUCCCCUACCACGUGGCCGAGCAGCUGAAGGUCUCCCAGACCUACUCCAAGAACCACGACAGUGGGGGCGUCAUCUUCGCCAGCAUCGUCAACUUCAGCGAGUUCUACGAGGAAAACUAUGAGGGGGGCAAGGAGUGCUACCGCGUCCUCAACGAGCUCAUCGGAGACUUCGACGAGCUCCUGAGCAGGCCGGGCUAUGGCAGCAUUGAGAAGAUCAAGACCAUCGGGGCCACGUACAUGGCUGCGUCAGGGCUGAACGGCGCGCAGUGCCGGGAGGGCAGCCACCCGCAGGAGCACCUGCAGGUCCUGUUCGAGUUCGCCAAGGAGAUGAUGCGCGUGGUGGACGACUUCAACAGCAACAUGCUGUGGUUCAACUUCAAGCUCAGGGUGGGCUUCAACCAUGGGCCGCUCACGGCAGGGGUCAUCGGCACAACCAAGCUGCUCUAUGACAUCUGGGGUGACACCGUCAACAUUGCCAGCAGGAUGGACAGCACGGGGGUGGAGUGCCGGAUCCAGGUGAGUGAGGAGAGCUACCGCGUCCUAAGCAAGAUGGGCUACGACUUCGACUACCGAGGGACGGUAAAUGUAAAGGGCAAGGGCCAGAUGAAGACCUACCUGUACCCAAAGUGCACGGACAGCGGGGCCGUGCCACAGCACCAGCUGUCCAUCUCCCCCGACAUCCGAGUCCAGGUGGACGGCAGCAUCGGCCGCUCUCCCACGGACGAGAUCGCCAACCCGGUGCCUUCUGUCCAGAGCGCGGACAAGACGCCUCCGGGUUCCGAAAACAACGUGCAGGCCAAGGAUGCUCACCUCUCCUCUAAGAGGCCCUGGAAAGAGCCAGUCAAAGCUGAGGAAAGAUGUCAAUUUGGCAAAGCCAUAGAGAAAAGCGACUGUGAAGACGCGGGCGCUGAAGAAGCCAGCGAGCUCACCAGGCUCAACAUUUCUGAGGGCGUGUGACGCAACGCCCAUCGCUGCCGCGGUGCUCUGCUCCUCGAAACCCAGUCACGUUUGUACUUGCCUGUCGUGCGUCCCGAGCACCACAGCCUCCGUCCCUGGACGUGGUGUCAUGUGGUCGUUGCAGCCCUGACGUCUGUGCGGACCACAGCUCUUCAGGGUUUGUCUCCAUCCGUCUUGUUCCUUUUCCUCCCCCGGAGCCCUGUCCCCUGGGUGUGACCGUCCAGCAGCACGGAGAACAAGUGCCUUCAGGGGCUGGCCAUGGCGUCCAGUCUAGGGACAGAGGCCACUGGUGGAGAUCAUGGCAUUGGGUAUUGCUGGACUUUUUAAACAGAAGCUGUGGUUAAGAUAAUCAUUUUUAUUGCAUUUUCUCACAAGACACUUUGGGGUUUUGUUUUAUUGUUGUUUGUUUUUUUUGUUUUUUGUGGGGUUUUUUUUUUUUUUUUUUGCUAAUGCAAUGUUUUUGAGGUUUUUUUUUUUUCCUGUAUACAUACUAGUGUUUUCCAAUGCCCUGAUCUUUCUAUGUAAACAUGUACACGCACACACACUUUCAUUUAUGAAUCUGAGAUCAAGUGCCAGUAACUCACUGUGAGGGGAGGUGAGGGGGCAUGGGCUGCAAGCAGCUGCCCGCCGGGCUGGCCCGCGCCCUCCCCACCUGCACCUUCCAGAGCUCCUGGACCCUCAGGGCUGAGGGUGCCCCGCUCCCCAGCCACGCGGCAUUAGGGCUUCCUCCACAUGCAGGCCAAAAUUCUAGAAGCUAACCAGUAAUCAGCUUGUGAACCCAGGCCUCAGGUAUUUAAGAGCCGUGUUUCAUUCUGCCCUGGAAACCAAGGGGUCUUCCAGCUGGGAGCAAAGGGGUUUGUCUUUGAAGCUGAAUCCUCUGAGAGGGAAACUCGAAAUAAACGUCUGAGGGUUGCAUUUAUUUAUUUAUUUAUUUAUCAGGAAGUGUGUGUUUGGGGGAGGGGCUGCCAGGUCAUUCUGGUGAAGGGAGACAGGUCGGGUGGGGGGAGAGGGGUCUGCAGAGCACACAGCAGGGUGAGAAGAUGCCCAUUAGUGCUUUGGCCGCUUUGGGCCACGUCCCCAGAAAGGAGCUGAGCAAGACCUGGAUGGGCACGGCCGGCGCGCUCUGAGACGGAGAGACUCCCAGCCACGGUUUUCAGACCUAACGACGCGGCUGCGUCUGUCCUGCGCGCCGCAGAGUGUGCCCCCAGGGCCUGCCCGCUGCAGGGGUCGAGUCAGAGUCCUGCUCUGUGUGAAGCAGGAGGCCUGGGCAGAGCACCAGUGUGGGCAGGCGGUGCCGGCGGGGGCUUGGCACCCACACAGCCCAGAGGUUUCUCAUCCUUUUCUUUUCUUGGCUUGUGGCAGGACAGGAUCUGGUGUGUGAAUCUGAGCCCCCUUUAGGUGGAGUUCUUACACUGUGCGUGGAGACAGAGCCGUCUACACACAGAUGAGGUGUUGAACUAGGGCGAGUGUAGAAAACCUAAGGAGAAUCCCUUCUGGGUCCUUUGUUGCUAAUCCUGCCUGUGAUCAUGUUUUGCCACGUUGAGUUUGGAGUGUACGUAGUGUUGAACUCAGGCUGGAGUUGCCCUAUCACGGUCAUAGUUAUUUUCCAGGUGACACUGGUGUACAGUUCCCAGGAUAAUUUGAGGACUGGCUCCUUCUCUGUUGAAGCUCUUUACCGGCAUGCCCUGUGCAUUUUCUUCCCGCUGCUAAAUCUCUGUAUAACUGUCACAUCUAUAUCAAGUCCCAUAAUUAACCCUGCCCCCCAAAUUCAUACACAAUCUGCUAUUUCCGGUAUCAGGAAAUACUGAUUAUGAUUGGCCAGCUCUCCAGGGGGACAUGCAUGGGUCCCAGCAGCACGGCCACAGCCAGGGUCUCCCAGGCGAGUCAGGAGCAUUCUCAGUAACCAAGAUCUUCCUUCAGGUUUUACUGUCAGUUUGUUGGUCUUCUGAUGCUGGAGAAAGGACCGUGUGACAAUACCUCUUGCUUCUAAAGAAUGUAUUCUUAUACUGCAGAAUUUUUAUUUUUUUCAAACACUACCUGAUGCUGUCCUUGCCCAUAGAGACGGUGGGCGUUAGGGGCUUCUUCCAUCAGUGUUAAGGCGUGUAUUUGAGUGUGGUCCUCUCCCUUUGCCUUCCGUCCCCAGGCUCCAUAGCUCUGGCAGCAGCCACGGGGCUGGGCAAUUGCUGACGAGUCAGCCGUGUCUCUGCUGUUCCACUCAGAACACACUCUACCAGGUUCAUCUCUGCACAUGCCUCCUCCCCAGCACAUUCUCUUCUUCCUUCCCUGCUGCAAGAAUGUUUGUGAUUCCUGACCCUGGGAAGCUGUAGACCGCAGGGAGAAGGUCUUAACAUCUGGUGGUCUGGUCCAGCACUGUGCUGAUUGGAGCCUUCAAUGGAUGGCUCACCCAGAGUUUUAAAAUUGUCUUUCAAAAAACACCCUGAGCCUUCCUAAUAAAUAACUAGUACAGUUGUGCUCUCUGGGCCACUAGGCGACGUGGGUCCUUCCCGGUUCCCUGCCCUAACGCAUACCUCAACGCAGGACCCCAGAAUCUCUGCAGCAGAAAUGCCAUGCGCCCAGCUCUGUUGGCGUUGAACAAAUAGUCGCUGAAGACAGGUCCCAAAGCAGCGGUUCAAGCGCUACCAACACGAUGGAUGUAUUCUUCACAGUGGCAAUACCUCUUACGAACUUAGGUCAGGAAGCAAUACUUCAGAACUGAAUGUGUGUAAAUAGUUGCUUUGUGUUGCAACUGCUGUUUUCUUCUUGGCCCCAAGUCAGAUUGAAUUAUACAUACAUAUAUAUAUAUAUAUGUCUGUAUGUAUAUAUAAACAAGCACACACACAAUUUUAUCCAGUGCAAACAAACGUAGAGCAUCAUUUAUGAAGCCCUUAAGUAGCUUGAAGAGUCACACAGAUUAUGCAACACCUGCACAUUUGCACUUGACACUGAGAGCCAGAGGGCCACGUGCUUCCCGCUACGUGGACUGUAAUAAUUUGUAGUUUCCAAAGAUCUGUCUGCGUUUGCAUUUCUAGAUUUUUGAGAUAAGCAUUUUUGGUUGAUUGUUCCAGAAAAUCACAUCAUGCCUAGAACCUAAAGUUAAAUUAGCAAGAACCAAUUGUUUGCAUUUUUCCAUCUUUCCUUCACUCUGCUCUUUUUAAGUUGUUAAUUCUAAUUAUUUGAAAAUGCAUCCACUCAAGAAAUGGAUAUUAAAAUAUUCUAAAAUCUAAA